AUGGCCCGCGCCCGGCCCUUGGUGGCGGGCGGCGGUGGCGCGGCGCCCCCUGAGCGUGCGGGGCCCGGGCGGCCGCGGAGGAGCGGGACCGGCCACCACUGCGACCCCGAGCGCCCCGGGCUGCGAGCGGCGCCCCAGACCCCCGAGCCGGGCGCGGGCCGGCGGGCUGCAAAGUUGAGGCUGGGCCGCGGGCUGUGGGCGCUGCUGUUGCUCCAGCUGCACUUGCUGCGGGCGCUGGCGCAAGAUGACGUUGCACCAUACUUCAAGACGGAGCCGGGCCUGCCACAGAUCCACCUGGAAGGCAACCGCCUCGUGCUCACCUGCCUGGCUGAGGGGAGCUGGCCUCUGGAAUUCAAGUGGAUGCGCAACGACAGCGAGCUCACCACCUACAGCAGCGAAUAUAAGUAUAUCAUCCCAUCUUUACAGAAGCUGGAUGCCGGGUUUUACCGCUGCGUGGUGCGGAACAGGAUGGGCGCUCUCUUGCAGAGAAGAUCUGAAGUUCAAGUGGCAUAUAUGGGGAAUUUCAUGGAUACAGACCAGAGGAAAACAGUUUCUCAAGGACAGGCAGCGCUUCUCAACUUAGUGCCCAUCGUCAGCUGCCCCAGACCGCAAGUGACGUGGUUUAGAGAGGGACACAAGAUUAUUCCAAGCAGCAGAAUAGCCAUCACAUUGGAGAAUCAGCUGGUGAUCCUUGCUACAAAAGCAAGUGACUCCGGGGCUUACUACGUGCAGGCUGUGAACGAGAAGAAUGGAGAGAACAAGACAAGCCCAUUCAUCCACCUGAGCAUAGCACGAGCUACUGACACCCAUGAAGCCAUGGCCCCUGUCAUCGUGGUUGCCCCAGGCAACAGAAGUGUGGUUGCAGGGUCCAGUGAGACUACCUUGGAGUGCAUAGCCAACGCCAGGCCCUUGGAGGAGCUGAGUGUGCACUGGAAGAGAAACGGAGUUCGACUCACAAGCGGACUGCACAGUUACGGGAGGCGUCUUACCAUCAGCAACCCAACGUCGGCAGACACCGGGCUGUACGUGUGUGAGGCAACACUCCGAGGGAGCACUUUUGAGCCAGCCAGGGCCAGAGCCUUCCUUUCCAUCAUAGAGUCACCAUAUUUCACUGCUGAGCCGGAGAGUCGGAUUUUAGGAGAAGUGGAAGAAACUGUGGACAUCCCGUGUCGAGCCAUGGGGGUUCCUCUUCCCACCCUCCAGUGGUACAAAGAUGCUGUCCCUGUGAGCAAGCUCCAGAACCCGAGGUACAAAGUGCUUCCCAGCGGAGGCCUGCAUAUCCAGAAGCUGAGUCCAGAAGACUCCGGAAUCUUCCAGUGCUUUGCCAGUAAUGAAGGAGGGGAGAUCCAGACUAACACCUACCUGGAUGUGACCAAUAUUGCUCCUGCCUUCACCCAGCGUCCAGUGGACACCACAGUGACUGACGGGAUGACAGCUGUCCUGAGGUGUGAGGUGUCUGGGGCUCCCAAACCCGCCAUCACGUGGAAGAGAGGAAACCUCAUUCUGGCCAGUGGCUCUGUCCGGAUUCCUAGGUUCAUGCUGCUGGAAUCUGGGGGGCUGAGGAUAGCCCCCGUCUUCAUCCAGGAUGCCGGCAACUACACCUGCUAUGCAGCAAACACCGAGGCCUCUGUGAACGCCUCCGCCAUGCUCACCGUGUGGAAUCGAACAUCCAUCGUUCACCCCCCGGAGGACCGCGUAGUGAUUAAGGGGACAACAGCCACCCUGUGCUGCGGAGCCACCCAUGACCCUCGGACCUCUCUCCGUUACAUUUGGAAAAAGGACAACGUGGUCAUCACACCGUCCAGCAGCUCAAGAAUCAUGGUGGAGAAGGACGGGUCCCUUCUCAUUAGCCAGACGUGGUCAGGGGACAUUGGGGACUACACCUGUGAAAUUGUAUCCGAGGGAGGGAAUGACUCCCGAACGGCACGGCUGGAAGUGAUUGAGCUGCCUCACCCACCUCAGAACCUCCUGGCCAGCUUGAGUCCUGCGCGCAGCCACUCAGUGACGCUGUCGUGGGUCCGGCCCUUUGACGGAAACAGCCCAGUCCUUUACUACACUGUGCAACUGUCUGAAAACAACUCUCCAUGGAAAGUGCAUCUGUCAAAUGUUGACCCGGAGAUGACAGCCGUCACUGUGAGUGGCUUGACUCCAGCCCGAACCUAUCAGUUCAGGGUGUGCGCUGUGAACCAGGUGGGCAAGGGCCAGUACAGCACGGAGACCAGCAGGUUGAUGUUACCGGAAGAACCACCAAGUGCUCCCCCAAAAAACAUUGUAGCCAGUGGGAGAACCAACCAGUCCAUCAUGGUGCAGUGGCAGCCACCUCCGGAAACAGAACACAACGGGGUGCUCCGGGGCUACAUCCUCAGGUACCGCCUGGCUGGCCUGCCCGGGGAGCAUCAGCAGAGGAACAUUAGCAGCCCGGAGGUGAAUUACUGCCUGGUCACUGACCUCAUCAUCUGGACCCAGUACGAGAUCCAGGUGGCUGCCUACAACGGUGCAGGCCUGGGAGUCUUCAGCAGGGCAGUGACUGAGUACACCUUACAAGGAGUGCCUACCGCACCCCCACAGAACGUGCAGGCUGAAGCAGUGAAUUCCACCACCGUGCACUUCCUGUGGAACCCGCCACCCCAGCAGUUCAUCAACGGCAUCAAUCAGGGAUACAAGCUUCUGGCAUGGCCGGCAGAUGCUCCUGAGACUGUCACUGUGGUCACUAUUGCUCCCGACUUCCAUGGAAUCCACCAUGGCUACAUAACGAACUUGAAGAAGUUCACAGCCUACUUCACGUCAGUCCUGUGUUUUACCACACCGGGGGACGGGCCUCCCAGCACGCCUCAGCUUGUGUGGACCCACGAGGACAAACCGGGAGCUGUGGGGCACCUGAGCUUCACGGAGAUUCUGGACACCUCUCUCAAGGUCAGCUGGCAGGAGCCCCUGGAGAGAAACGGCAUUAUUAUGGGCUAUCAGAUCUCCUGGGAGGUGUAUGGGAAGAAUGACUCUCGGCUCACACACACCCUCAACAGCACAACCCACGAGUACAAGAUCCGUGGACUGUCAUCUCUCACCACCUACACCAUCGACGUGGCUGCUGUGACCGCCGCAGGUGUGGGCCUGACCACGUCGUCCACCAUUUCUUCCGGAGUACCCCCAGACCUUCCUGGUGCUCCAUCCAACCUGGUCAUUUCCAACAUCAGCCCUCGCUCAGCCACACUCCAGUUCCGACCGGGCUAUGAUGGGAAGACGGCCAUCUGCAGGUGGAUUGUGGAGGGGCAGGUCGGCGCCAUUGGGGAUGAGGAAGAGUGGAUCACCCUCUAUGAGGAAGAGAACGAGCCUGAUGCCCAGAUGCUGGAGAUUCCAAACCUCACACCCUACACACACUACAGGUUUCGAAUGAGGCAAGUGAACAUCGUGGGUCCCAGCCCCUUCAGCCAGUCAUCCCGGGUCAUCCAGACCCUGCAGGCCCCACCUGAUGUGGCUCCAACCAGCAUCUCUGUCCGAACAGCCAGUGAGACCAGCCUGCGUCUGCGCUGGGUGCCCCUGCCCGAUUCCCAGUACAAUGGGAACCCCGAGUCUGUGGGCUACAGGGUGAAGUAUUGGCGUUCAGACCAACCAACCUCAGUGCUGGCCCAAGUUGUCAACGACCGGCUGGAGAGGGAGCUGACCAUCGAGGAGCUGGAGGAGUGGACAGAGUACGAACUGCGGAUGCAGGCCUUCAACGCCAUUGGGGCUGGCCCCUGGAGUGAGCUGGUGCGGGGUCGCACACGGGAGUCAGUCCCUUCAGCUGCUCCUGAAAAUGUGUCUGCAGAGGCUGUGAGCUCCACCCAGAUCCUACUGACAUGGGCUUCCGUCCCUGAGCAGGACCAGAAUGGGCUCAUCCUGGGCUACAAGAUUCUAUACCGUGCCAAAGACCUGGAUCCAGAGCCCAGAAGCCACGUGGUGCGAGGGAACCACACACAGUCGGCCCUGCUGGCUGGCCUGCGCAAGUUCAUUGUGUAUGAGCUCCAGGUGCUGGCCUUCACACGAAUCGGGAACGGGGUCCCUAGCUCGCCCCUCAUCCUGGAGCGUACCAAAGAUGACACCCCAGGUCCCCCCGUGCGGCUGGUGUUCCCUGAAGUGAGGCUUACUGCGGUGCGGAUUGUGUGGCAGCCCCCAGAGGAGCCCAACGGUGUGAUUCUGGGGUACCAGAUUGCCUACCGCCUGGCCAGCGGCAGUCCCCACACCUUCACCACCGUCGAGGUGGGUGCCACAGUAAGGCAGUUCACAGCCACAGAGCUGGCCCCGGAAUCUGCGUACAUCUUCAGACUGUCUGCUAAGACGAGACAGGGCUGGGGAGAGCCCCUGGAGGCUACAGUCAUCACCACCGAGAAGAGAGAGAGGCCCGCGCCCCCGAGAGAGCUCCUGGUGCCCCAGGCAGAAGUGACAGCACGUAGCCUCCGUCUCCAGUGGGUCCCUGGCAGCGAUGGGGCCUCCCCCAUCCGGUACUUCACCGUGCAGGUGCGAGAGCUCCCCGGCGGAGAGUGGCAGACCUACUCCUCAUCCAUCAGCCAUGAGGCCACAGCCUGUGACGUCGAAAGGCUGAGACCUUUCACCUCCUACAAGCUACGCCUGAAGGCCACCAAUGACAUCGGGGACAGUGACUUCAGUGUAGAAACAGAAGCCGUGACCACACUGCAAGAUGUUCCCGGAGAGCCUCCAGGAUCUGUCUCAGCCACACCGCAUACCACAUCCUCGGUUCUGAUCCAGUGGCAGCCUCCCCGGGAUGAGAGCCUGAAUGGCCUUCUGCAAGGCUACAGGAUCUACUACCGUGAGCUGGAGUCCGAGACAGGCAUGGGCCCUGAGGCCAAAACACUCAAGAGUCCUUCUGCCUUGCGUGCUGAACUCACAGCCCAAAGCAGCUUCAAGACCGUGAACAGCAGCUCCACAUUAACGACAUAUGAAUUAACACAUCUGAAGAAGUAUCGGCGCUAUGAAGUCAUCAUGACCGCCUAUAACAUCAUCGGCGAGAGCCCCGCCAGUGUGCCCGUGGAGGUCUUCGUGGGUGAGGCUGCACCAGCAAUGGCCCCACAGAACGUCCAGGUGACCCCACUCACGGCCAGCCAGCUGGAGGUCACAUGGGACCCACCACCCCCAGAGAGCCAGAAUGGGAACAUCCAGGGUUACAAGAUUUACUACUGGGAGGCAGACAGCCGCAACGAGACUGAGAAGAUGAAGGUCCUCUUCCUCCCUGAGCCCGUGGUAAAGAUAAAGAAUCUCACCAGCCACACCAAGUACCUGGUCAGCAUCUCUGCCUUCAAUGCUGCGGGUGAUGGGCCCAAGAGUGACCCACGUCAGGGACGCACGCAUCAAGCUGCUCCUGGGGCCCCCAGCUUCUUGGCCUUCUCAGAAAUAACCUCCACCACACUCAAUGUGUCCUGGGGGGAGCCAUCAGCAGCUAACGGCAUUCUACAGGGCUAUCGAGUGGUGUAUGAGCCUUUAGCACCCGUGCAAGGUGUGAGCAAGGUAGUGACCGUGGACGUGAAAGGGAACUGGCAACGCUGGCUGAAGGUGCGGGACCUCACCAAGGGAGUGACCUAUUUCUUCCGAGUCCAGGCACGGACCAUCGCCUAUGGGCCAGAGCUGCAAGCCAAUGUCACUGCGGGGCCAGCCGCGGGGUCCCCAGGAUCUCCAAGAAAUGUCCUCGUCACCAAAUCUGCCUCAGAGCUGACCCUGCAGUGGACAGAGGGGAAUGCUGGGAACACUCCCACCACAGGCUACGUCAUAGAGGCCAGGCCAUCAGAUGAAGGCUUAUGGGACAUGUUCGCAAAGGACAUUCCCCGGAGUGCCACCUCGUACACCGUGGGCUUGGACAAGCUACGGCAAGGGGUGACCUACGAGUUCCGGGUGGUGGCUGUGAACCAGGCAGGCUUUGGGGAACCCAGCCGCCCUUCCACAGCCGUGUCAGCACAAGCUGAAGCCCCGUUUUAUGAGGAGUGGUGGUUCCUGCUGGUGAUGGCGCUCUCCAGCCUCCUCCUCGUCCUCCUGGUGGUCUUUGCACUGGUCCUGCAUGGGCAAAGCAAGAAGUACAAGAACUGUGGCACAGGUAAGGGCAUCUCCAGCAUGGAAGAGUCCGUGACCCUGGAUAACGGAGGGUUUGCCGCCUUGGAGCUCAACAGUCGCCACCUCAAUGUGAAAAGCACCUUCUCAAAAAAGAACGGAACCAGAUCCCCACCCCGACCAAGCCCCGGAGGUCUGCAUUACUCAGACGAGGACAUCUGCAACAAGUACAACGGUGCUGUGCUGACGGAGAGCGUGAACCUCCAGGAGAAGUCGGUGGAUGGGUCAGAGUCCGAGGCCUCGGACUCAGACUACGAGGAAGCCCUGCCCAAGCACUCCUUCGUCAACCACUACAUGAGCGAUCCCACCUAUUACAACUCCUGGAAGCGGCGUCCCCCUGCUGCAGCACCACACAGAUACGAGGCGGUGGCCGGGGCCGAAUCAGGCCCACACCUGCACACGGUCAUCACCACGCAGAGCGCGGGUGGAGUCUACACACCAGCUGGCCCUGGAGCCCGGGCCCCCCUCACCGGCUUCUCUUCCUUCGUGUGACGUCACGCCUCCAUCAGGGUAGACGGGUGCAGAAC